CCGAACUUUCGCCAAUGAAGUUUAAAUAAUUCUCAAUUAUUUUCCUUCUGUAACAAUUUUAACUAUUUGAGUCAACACACGACGAUCCAUCAUGAAAAUGAAGAAAUAAAUAAAAGUUAGCAAAGCGACCAAGCCAAGUCGGUGAUCGUUUUCUCAUCUUUGUAGUGAUCUUCUUCCUCUAUCGACUAGCCAGGCAAAAUUUGAGCAGAGUUGUGUGCGUAAAAACAACCGGCAAAAUGAGUAUUUUAAUUCACAACGCAAUGAUAGUUACGAUGGACGGGGAGCAAAGGGUUUAUGGCAAUGGUGGGCUGUUUGUGCAGGGCGAUAAAAUUCAUGCAAUUGGUUCCUCUUCCCACAUUCUAAGUCACUUUUCAGCUCAAGCUACUGAGAUCAUCGAUUUCCAUGACCACAUUAUUCUUCCAGGAUUCAUUAAUACUCAUGUUCAUACUUCUCAACAACUUGCUCGAGGAAUUGCUGAUGAUGUUGACCUUAUGACUUGGCUACAUGACCGCAUUUGGCCCUAUGAAUCACAAAUGACAGAAGACAAUUCCUAUAUUUCAACCUUACUAUGUGGAGUUGAACUUAUACAUUCUGGAGUAACUUGCUUUGCAGAAGCUGGGGGUCAGCAUGUAGCUGGAAUGGCCCGAGCAGUUGAAAGUUUAGGUAUACGUGGUUGCUUAGCACAGUCAGUGAUGGAUGCUGGUGAGGGUUUACCAGUAUCCUGGACAAGACAAACAGCAAAAUCUUGUAUUCAGAUUCAAGAGGAAUUGUACAAGAACCUGCAUAACACUGCUGAUGGGCGUAUCAAAGUUUGGUUUGGAGUGAGACAAAUUAUGAAUGCAACUGAUGAUCUUUUGCUUUUGACAAAGGAGUUUGCUGAUAAACUUAAUACAGGCAUUCAUAUGCAUGUUGCAGAAAUUCCAUACGAGAAUGAAUAUGUAGCCAGCACACGGGCAGUGAAUCAGGGGACUGUUACAUAUUUAGAGAAUAUAGGCCUUCUGGGAGAAAACCUUUUAGCUGCUCAUUCUGUUUGGAUCAAUAAUGCUGAGGUGAAGUUAUUGUCAAAGGCUGGUGUUAAGGUUUCACAUUGUCCUGCAGCUGCAAUGCGGAUGUUAGGUUUUGCACCAAUAAAAGAAAUGUUAGAUGUGGGAAUUUGUGUUUCUCUUGGAACAGAUGGAGCACCAUCAAACAAUCGUAUGAGUAUAGUGGAUGAGAUGUACCUUGCAUCACUAAUUAACAAAGGGAGAGAAGUUUACAAUAAAGGAAAUACUGAUCCUACAGCUUUACCAGCGGAAACAAUUUUGAAAAUGGCAACAAUUGAUGGUGCCAAAGCAGUCUUAUGGGACAAAGAAAUUGGAUCCUUGGAAGUUGGAAAGAAGGCUGACCUUGUAGUUAUCAAUCCGCACUUAUGGACAACAAUUCCUUUACACGAUCCCAUUACAAGUCUAGUUUACAGUAUGAGGACAGAGAAUGUUGACUCUCUGAUGUGCAAUGGUCAGUGGAUCAUGCGUAAUCGAAAGAUAUUGACAGUAAAUGAGGAAGAGAUUUUGUCAACAUCAAGGAAAGUUGCUCGUGAGAUUUUAACAAAAGCAAAGAUUGAGAUUCCAAAGAGGAUGAAUAUCUUAUAGGUUAGAAUUCGUUGUACUUACAAUUAUUGCGUUCUGAUACAAGAAAGUAAGGAAUACUUACAACUUCAUGCAGAACCAUUCCCUAGGAAAAUUCUUAAGAUAUUAUGAACUAAGAAGCAUGUAUGAUAUUUACAUAUUUGUUUCAUACGUCAAAUUAGUUAUCAUCUCUUCUUGGGCAUUUGAAAAAACUAUUUGCUUUACAUUCGAA